AUGAAUCCAAUGAGAUCCCGCAAACGACGGUCUCUGGAACUAGAGACUCGGGGGGGGAAGCUGCGGAUCGGCAUCGUGGGCGCCGGUAUUGGUGGUUUGAUGGCGGCCGUAGCGCUGCUGGAGAGCGGCCACGACGUCGAAAUCUAUGAAAAGUCUCGGUUCAAGAGCGAGGUCGGAGCCGCCAUCUGCACGCCUCCCAACUCGUCCCGCAUCCUGGCGCACUACGGCUUCGACUUUGAGCAAGCCAGGGCCACAACCUCGGAAGACUCCAUAUACUUCACCGACCCUUCCGACCUCGGACAGAAACGGGUGGUGCCGUGCGCCGACUUCACGCCCAAGUACGGCGCCCCUUUCUGCUUCUUCCACCGCGUGGACCUGCACAGCGAGCUGAGGAGGCUGGCGACGGAGCCGACGGACAAGAGGCCGCGGUCCGCCCGUCUCCACCUCGGCACGUCCGUGACCGGCGUCGAUGAUGACGGGACGCUCUGGUUCGAAGACGGCACGAGCGUCCGGAAGGACCUCGUGGUUGCGGCCGACGGUAUCCGGUCCGCGUUCGUGUCUCGCGUCGUGGAGGAGGCACCUCGGGCGCAGCACCACAUGUCCAUCAUGCGCUACCUGGUCCCCUCCGAAACCGUGCUGGCCGACCCGGAGGUUGCUGGCUUCUUCGUCGACGGCCUGAAGUCGCUCCGGGUGGUUGAUAACGUCGACAAGCGUGUCAUCAUCUACGGCUGCCGAGGGGGAUCCCUCCAGAACAUCGGACUCAUCUACCCUCCACGGCUUGGCAUGGACGCCGCUGGUACGUCGAACCUUGCUCGCCCCCCGGCCGUGAAAUGCCUGUUCGUCGCUCACUCAUCUUUCUCUCCUUCUUCUCGCGCAGGAAACGACAUAUCCGAGAGCGAGGGCUUUGCCAGCAAGGUCAUGGCCGAAUUCCCCGAGACGAUCCAGUCUAUCUGUCGUGAAGCAAAGGACGUCGGUCAGUGGCAGCUCUUCACGCGGGCGCCGCUCGAGAGGCUCGCCCGUGGCCGCGUGGUUCUCAUCGGAGACGCAGCACACCCUAUGCCUCCCCUACGCGCACAGGGCGCGUCGAUGGCGAUCGAAGACGCGGCCGCGCUCGGCGUGCUCCUCUCCCAGGUCGAGUCGGCGGACGAGGUCCCGGCUCGGAUGGACAUGUUCAACAAGCUCAGGUGGUGUCGCGUCGCGGCGACGCAGUUACUGUCGUCGGAGCACAGGUGGGACCCGUCUCAGCUCUCCGCGGAGCAGCGCGGGUAUUUCAGCGGCGAUGUUCCCCACACCGAAGAUGACGUGGAGAAGUACAGUUAUGAGUACGACGUCAUCCGCGAUGCGCUUGAGCUUCUGAAGGAGGAUCGCUGA